AUGACCGAUGCCUCGCCAGCAUCCAAGGAUGGCUACGACUUUUCGCUCGUAGACAUUAUCCUAUCGGAAGAUGAAAGGCGACACAUAUCCUUGGCAGAUUACUGCUCCAAUGCCCCGACUGACAAGCUUUUGAAGCAAUGCAAAGACUUGGAUGAGUUUUCGAGGACGUCCGAAAAUCUCUAUGAAAGAGUCAGAGCCCUGUUUUUCCUCUAUGCAAUCCACCGAUUUCACUUGACUGACUUACCAGCAGCUGGUUCUAUUCCUUAUGAGGGCUACAAGCACUUACUUGAUAGAAAAUUUAUGGAUGCUAUCGAUGUUUUCCUAAAGAUUCAUCACGAGAAACCCUCCAAAGCAAUAUCGAGUGCCUUGGCCAAGUCAUACUAUCAUUUGGGUUUCCAAACACUAGCCGACCAAGUGCGACUGUCGGUUAAGAAUUUUGAUGGUAAUGCCUUCCUUUUUCAAGUCGUGGAACCCGACAAACAUCCUAAGAAGAUUCAUUCCGAUUUGAUUGAAGGAAAAGUACUUUGCGAAAAGACCCCAGUGCGAAUGGACCUUUCCCAUUGUGGAUGGUCCGACAUUUUCUUUUUGGGAAUGGACUUUCCAGAAGGUGCCCGUGUUUUGAAUGCUUCGGUGGAUUUGGCUGUUCGUGGACGACAUGAGUUUCCAGAACCGCCAAUUGAAUCCUAUUUGGAGGUGAUUUCCGAGCAAGUCUUGAAGCUUACAUCGAUCGAUCUCAAGUGCAGUGUGACUCUCACUCAUAUAUCCGAAGUCUUUGACUUCGCUCGAGAUUAUGUUGGAUUGCUAAAGGCUGGAAUAAUUGCUUCCGGAAUUGUACCACCUGGCUUAGAGGGCUCUACUGCGCCACUUGGAGACUUGUUCGACACCAUGAUUGGUCCGGGAAAAGGCCUUCAUCUGACGACAAAGGUCAAUGAUAUUCCAAAGGGAAGUCGCCUUGCGGUGAGUACCAACUUGUUGGGAUCGAUGAUUUCACUGGGAAUGCGAGCGACGGGUCAGACCGACUGCUUGACGGGCGAUUUGCUCGAGGAGGAACGGCGGCUUGUUGCUGCCAGAGCUAUCCUCGGAGAAUGGUUGGGAGGGUCUGGUGGUGGGUGGCAGGAUAGUGGAGGUCUUUGGCCUGGCAUCAAAUUGAUUGAAGGUGUCAAACCAAAAGAGGAGGAUCCCGAGCAUGGAUUGAGUCGAGGGCGCCUUCUCCCUCUUCAUCGUCAGCUAUCAGACGAUGAAGCACCCUCGCAAUUGAUAAAAGCACUUCAGAACAGUUUGAUUCUUGUCCAUGGUGGCAUGGCACAGAAUGUGGGGCCUGUACUUGAGAUGGUAACAGAACGGUACUUGCUACGAUCUUCAGAGGAAUGGAAGGCUAGACAUGAAUCCCUUCAAAUCCUGGAUAAUAUCCUAGACAGUUUCAAAGAGAGCAACAUCAGCAAGCUGGCAAAGCUGACCACCCACAACUUUUUUGAGCCACUGCAGACCAUCAUCCCUUGGGCUUCUAAUCUGUACACCGAGACACUGAUUGAGAGAACGAGAAGUAGAUAUGGUGAUGAUUUUCUUGGGUUCUGGAUGCUUGGUGGAUGUUCUGGCGGCGGCAUGGGUUUCAUCUUCAAGCCUGAAUCAAAGAAGGAUGCUCUGAACGGGAUGCAAGAGAUCAUGCUGAAGACAAAAAAGGAAAUGGAACACGCGUUGCCGUUUGCAAUGGACCCUGUGGUCUAUGACUUUUCAAUCAACAAUAAUGGCACAGUUUCAGAAUUCUGUGAAUUGGCACCCAAAUUAUUGGUGAAACAAAUAGGUUCAAACAAACGAGAGGCAACAGACAAUCAAGUUAUUUUGGAGGAUAUCCUCAGCGAUCUUGGCUUUGACUCAAAGGAGCACGAGAAUCAGCGAAUGAGCUACAAGAACGGGGAAAUCGGUCUGAAGCAGAAUAGACUACCUAUUGAUGCCGAUAUUCAGAAUGUGAGACCAGAAGAUGUAGUCGUGGCAGAGGAAAAAGUUACGGAUGCUGUCCGAGAACGAGGAAUGGAAGAGCUAAAGAAAGGAAGUGUUGCCGUCGUUUCGCUUGCUGCUGGCGUUGGAAGCCGUUGGACCCAAGGUGCGGGGUGUGUCAAGGCGAUUCACCCAUUCUGUAAACUGCAGGGAAAGCACAGAAGCUUCUUGGAGAUUCACUUGGCAAAGAGUAGACGGAUGAGUGAGAUAUCAGGAACGCCUAUUGUCCAUAUUCUCACCACAAGCCACAUGACAAAUGGGCCGCUUCAAAGCUACUUGCGACGCGCUAAAAAUCAUGACUACAUCGGGCCUCUCUAUGUUUCAAAAGGGAAGUCUAUUGGGCUAAGAUUAGUCCCUACAAAAAGCGAUCUGAAAUUUGCUUGGGAAGAGAUGCAACAACAAAAACUGGAUGAACAGGCGCAGAAGGUUGUCGAAAGUGCACAUCGAGCGCUGAUUGAGUGGGCCGAGUCAUGUGGGGAGGCUUCAGAUUACACUGAUAAUUUACCACUUCAACGCCUCCAUCCAGUUGGACACUACUUUGAGAUUCCAAACCUAUUAUUGAAUGGAACCCUACAAAAGAUCUUGGAAGAAAGACCUCAAUUGAAGUACCUCAUGCUUCAUAACAUUGAUACCGUUGGUGCUGAUGUGGAUCCAGGACUUUUGGGAUUAUUUUUGGAGGGAAAGUCAACUUUAGGGUUUGAAGUAAUUCCUCGUGAAAUUGAAGAUAUUGGAGGUGGACUGGCACGAGUGAAUGGCAAGACUCGGCUGGUAGAAGGCUUGGCACUGUCACGGGAGGAAGAUGAAUUCAAGUUUUCGUAUUACAACACGCUUACUUGCUGGAUCGAUAUCGAUAAGCUUCUAUCCAAAUACAACCUAUCGAUAGACGAUCUUCAAGAUAUUUCGAAGGUCGAAAUUGCUGUAAAAAACUUCUCUCAGAAACUGCCUACCUAUGCUGCCUUGAAAGAAGUCAAAAAGCGAUGGGGCAACGGUCAAGAGGAUAUAUUUCCCACUGCUCAAUUUGAGAAAUUAUGGGGCGACAUGUCGUCCCUAGACGAUGUCGAGUGCCAGUUCUUCGUCGUACCUAGAGUCCGCGGAGCCCAGCUCAAGAACCAGGCCCAACUGGAUGGGUGGGUGCGAGAUGGUAGUGCCAAGCAUUUGGAAUCAAUCUGUAGUUUCCCAGAUGUUGCCAAGGAUAUGGAGACCAAUUGA